AGAGAUAUUUCUCUUCUUCCACAAAACCCAAAACCCUACUUCUGGACUCUGUUAUAUUAUCCUCUGCUUCUUCUUCUUCUUCAGUCACUUCUUCACUCUCAUUCCAUUUCAUUCACCAGAAACAUUGCCGAACCUCAAACUGCAAUCAAGAUGAGAUGAGAACCAUUGAACGCUGCUGAUGCGUUAUGGAAGGAGGUUAUUACAGAACGCAGAGGGAGAUGGGAGAAAACGGAGUGGUUGUUCCGUCGUGCUCUUUCGCCUCCCAUGGCGGUAAAGGAAAAGGACCGUUGGGGAGGAUCAUUCAGCAGAGAGAGAAGGCUAACGUGCCUUCGUCGGCGAAGAAAAAUCAAAAGCGGAAGUGUCUUCAGGAUUUGGGUACCGUUCUGCGGAACGAUGGACCUUCAAUUGGUCGGGAAUUUGAUUAUCUUCCUUCUGGACACAAAAGUUACAAUUCUACUUGUCGAGAGGACCAACAGCCUGCCAAAAGGAGCAAGGUUUCAAAGGGUACUGGCAAAGGUCUGAUGAAUGCAUCUGUGAAGAAACACGGUAUUGGCAAAGGUCUGAUGAAUGCAUCUGUGAAGAAACAUGGUAUUGGCAAAGGUCUGAUGACAAUUUGGAGGGCAACAAAUCCUGAUUCCGGAGAACUUCCCGUCGGUUUUGGUUUUGCUGACCGAGAAGUUCAUCUAAUCUCUAAUUCUAAGAAAUCUGUCCGUGAGAACAACAGGUCAUCGAAAACAGCAACCAUGAAUAGAAUGCUGAAAAAUAAAUUGCAGAAUAAGAGAAAUAAUUUACAGGAUAAGAGGAAACUUCUCAUGCAAAGAAAAGCGGGGGAAUCAAACCAACAUGUGACUCGAAACCAGUCACUGAAGGAAAAAUGUGAACUUUCUUUGGAUAGUGAAAUAUCCGAGGAGGGUGUUGAUCGAAUAUCAAUGUUAAUUGAUGAUGAAGAGCUAGAGCUGAGAGAAUUACAAGAACGAACCAAUCUGCUUAUUUGUUCAGACCAUCUUGCUGCCAGUGGAAUGCUUGGCUGCUCACUUGGUAAAGAUGUGCUAGUUAAGUACCCCCCAGAUACUGUUAAGAUGAAGAAACCUAUACAUUUGCAACCUUGGGAUUCCUCUCCAGAACUUGUGAAGAAAUUAUUCAAGGUUUUCCAUUUCAUUUAUACAUAUGCUACAGUUGUUGAUAUUUGCCCCUUCACUCUUGAUGAGUUUGUUCAGGCAUUUCACGAUAAGGAUUCUAUGUUACUUGGAAAGAUUCAUGUGGCCCUUCUUACACUUCUUCUCUCUGACAUUGAAGUGGAGCUUUCUAAUGGAUUUGCACCUCAUUUAGAUAAGUCAUGCAACUUUCUCGCCUUGCUUCACUCGGUUGAAAGUCAAGAAUAUUCCCCUGACUUUUGGAGAAGGUCUCUAAAUUCUCUUACUUGGAUUGAGAUACUCCGUCAAGUGCUGGUUGCGUCUGGGUUUGGUUCGAAGCAAGGUGCCUUACGACGAGAGGCCCUUUCCAAGGAAUUGAAUCUUCUCAUAAACUACGGCAUAUCCCCUGGUACCUUAAAGGGUGAGUUGUUUAAGAUCUUGUCAGAGCGAGGCAACAAUGGAUGCAAAGUAUCUGAUCUGGCAAAAGCAACACAGAUUGCUGAAUUAAACCUUGCCAGCACAACAGAGGAACUGGAGUCUUUAAUAUGUUCCACACUUUCAAGUGAUAUUACGUUAUUUGAAAAGAUUUCAUCAUCUGCAUAUAGAUUACGUAUGAGCACAGUUACGAAGGACGACGAUGAAUGUCAGUCAGAUAUGGAGGACUAUGGAAGUGUUGAUGAUGAACUUGAUGACUCUGAUACAUGUAGCUGUGGUGAUGAUUUUGAAAGUGGUUCAGUAGACUCCAAUAUAAGAAAAUUGAAGCGUGUAAAGAGUCACAAAACUAAAAGUGCUAAGCUGACAGUAUUCAAUGAAAUCGAUGAGAGCCAUCCUGGAGAAGUGUGGUUGUUAGGACUGAUGGAGAGUGAAUAUUCAGAUUUGAACAUUGAAGAAAAAUUGAAUGCACUGGCAGCUCUAACUGAUCUUCUUUCAUCUGGAUCCAGCAUCAGGAUGAAGGAUCCUGUAAAAGUUACAGCUGAUUACGAUUCUAGCAUCCAAUUACGUGGUUCUGGAGCAAAAAUUAAGAGAUCUGUAGUAAAGAAGCCUGUUCCAUUUUGGAACCAGUUUGGGCAAAUGCAACGUGUUAAAGAAGGGCACUUGAAUUCUCAUCCCUGUCCGGUAGAUUCCUCAUCAUUAAUGUCAAAAUUCCGUAGUCAUGAGCCAUCUUUUGAGAAAGGAAAAGGUUCAACAGAUUCACACCCCAUUCAAUCAGUGUAUUUGGGAUCUGAUCGUCGGUACAAUAGAUACUGGCUUUUCUUGGGCCCUUGUAAUGCAGAUGAUCCUGGCCAUAAGAGGGUUUACUUUGAAUCUUCUGAAGAUGGUCACUGGGAGGUGAUUGAUACUGAAGAGGCCUUGUGUACCUUGUUGUCGGUUCUCGAUGAUAGAGGGAAACGGGAGGCUCUUCUUAUUGAAUCUUUGGAGAGACGACAAACAUCUCUAUGUAGAUUCAUGUCCAGGGUUAAGGUUAACGGUAUUGGAACAAGGUGUAUGUCACAUUCUGAUCAAUCUGAGCUGGAUAUGGUUACAGAAGACAGUAACUCUCCCGUAUCUGAUGUGGACAACCUGAACCUUUCUGACAGUGCUAAAUCCUUGCCUUCAGCUGGGGCUGUGGUAAUUGAAGCUGGAAAGGGAGUAGAGGAACAAGUCCAAAAGUGGAUCCGUGUUCAAGAAUAUGAUUCUUGGAUUUGGAAUUCCUUUUAUUUAGAUCUCAAUGUUGUAAAAUAUGGUAGAAGGUCUUAUCUGGAUUCUCUAGCCAGAUGUAAGAGUUGUCACGAUUUAUACUGGAGAGAUGAGAGACACUGCAAAAUUUGCCACAUGACAUUUGAGCUUGAUUUUGAUCUAGAAGAAAGAUAUGCAAUCCAUAUAGCCACGUGCAGGGAGAAAGAAAACAGCAAAACACAUCCAAAUCAUAAAGUAUUAUCAUCACAGAUUCAAUCGCUGAAAGCUGCAAUUUAUGCUAUUGAGUCUGUUAUGCCCGAAGAUUCCUUGGUUGGUGCUUGGAGGAAGUCUGCUCAUAAACUAUGGGUCAAACGACUCAGACGCACCUCAACUUUAGUAGAGCUUGUGCAGGUUCUUACUGAUUUUGUUGGUGCCAUCAAUGAGAGCUGGUUGUUUCAAUGCAAAUUUCCGGAUGGUAUGGUUGAAGAAAUCAUUGCAUCUUUUGCAUCUAUGCCGCAUACGUCAUCUGCCCUUGCUCUGUGGUUGGUGAAAUUAGAUACAAUAAUUGCUCCCUACCUGGAUAGAGUCUAUCUUCAGAAGAAGCAGUGAAUCAGUAAGAGUUCAAGCUUUCUACAUUUUAAUAAAUAAUGGCUGCACAUUGUUCUGGGAAUAGGCUUCUAUCAUAGACUUGGUCCUACUGAUUCAUAGCCUAUGUAAUUCAGUUAGUUGUUACUUACAAGUUAGUUAGCGCACAGCUGCGAUUAACAGGUUGCUAUAUUAUCUGUGAAGAAUAAAUCACUGCGAUAUAGCAGCUGUCUUGUAUUGAGUAAUUCAUUCAAUGAAAUCUGUGAUUAUAUCACAGAAAAAUCUGGCAUUUUCUUAGAAUUCUUUCAUUUUCUAUCUCAAGAUCUUUAAUAAAGGCUAUAUGUUUUAAUAAAGAGAAAAUCAAUGCUCUUCUGAAUGGUGGUUUGUUAAACUACAAACUUCUGUGCUGUAGGUGUGUGGUUACACUCUUUCCCUUCUUCUCCUACGUUUCUGUAGGCAUUUUAGUUGAGCUAUUUCUAAUUGGCAUUCGACUGUGAGUGACUUCUAUUAUCAUUCGAGUCGGGCGCCUCAUAUUUUCACUAGGUUUUGCUUGCAGUUAAAUAAAAUGGCACUUCACAAGAUGGUGUAGUUUUACCUUCUAGAAUAGGUGGUAUAUUCAUGUCAUAUUGCUUAAUAUACAGUUUAAAACUUAUCUACGAUUUCUUGCUCCACACUUGCAUCUUUUAGAAACUCAUCUUCAAACCCCGUCUUGCUCUUUGAGCACAAAUUUUCAAUUCCAUCAUCUCUUUGCAUGUAAAAAUAAAGCUUCAGGGAACAAUGACACAGAAGAGAAACAUUAAGCCAAUCUCAUUAUGUUUUCUGUAAUUGUUGCUGGUUAUCUGGCUUGAACUCAGCAGUUAAUUUUAUGACUCAAGUUAAUGAUCUUAGUCAAACAAUAACAACUCCAACUAUUGUGCUGAGCAACGCUCACUCUAUUCCGUCAUAAAAUUUUCUCACAAACACUUACUAAUUUUAUUCAUCUCAUCCCUCUCCAUCUAUGAUUUGAUAUCCACAAAUAGUUUAAGUGAGGUUAGCUUGUCAACCUAGAGUGUAUGGGAAUAUAUGAGGGGAAAAUGGGGACUAAAAAAGUAUAAUGUUGAUACAUAAUAAUGUGUUUUCUUGCUGCUGGAUCGUGGAAUUGAAAUUUGUAGGUUCUUUGUGCAAAUUGGUCAUGUAUUGAUGGGUUCAUGUUCUUUUUCUUUUCCAGAUUUACGAGUUAUUAAAAUACCUGUGAAUUACCAAUACAGACUUGUAUUUUGCAAUUAGAAAUAGGAUAAUUGAUGGAGAGAAAAUUUAGAAGUAAAAUAUUGAAUGGAUUAUUUUUUAACUGUAAGGUUAGAGUUAAGAGUAUAGAAGAAAGACGUCAUUAAUAGAGCAAGGAUGGAAAUUAGUCUUUGUUUUGUUGCAGAUAUUUUCUAUUUUUGGUGUUCAUGAGAUAAA